AUGCCUACCAUCGCCGUGCCGAGUUUGUCUUCUUACAAACACAUCGUCACCGCCGGAACGGAGAAAUCCGAGGGCAUCGAAUCCGCCAAGUAUGAGACUCCUCGGAAGCGAAAACUGAGAUCGGAUUCGGCGGCGGAGAAUCUCCUUUCUGGAUAUUUCAUCUCUACCCCGAAGAAAUUGAAAUCUCAUCGACGAAUUGCUGUUUCCAAUCCCAAAAUGCCAGAGAAGGAAGUUAAGGAAGAAUCUAAUGAAAUUUUGUCAGUGAAAAACUUAUCAGAUUGUUCAGAUUCUAAAUCUAAUUGGAAUCCUAGAGAUGAGGAGCAAAUGAGAGUUGUGAAGAAGGCACUUCACGUAUCCAAAGCACAAUCAACAGUUGUUUGUCGUGAAGAUGAACAAAGACAGGUUUUCGAGUUUGUGAAAGGUUGCAUAGUUCAGCACAAGGCUGGGAGUUUAUACAUAUGUGGUUGUCCUGGAACUGGAAAAUCACUGUCUAUGGAGAUAGUAGUUCAACAAGUUGGUGACUGGGCAAAUCAGGCUGAUUUGCCACCUGUGGAUACAUUGUCUGUGAAUUGCACGUCGCUGACGAAAACAACUGAUAUUUUCAGCAAGGUACUUGGUGAAAUAGAGCCCUUGAAGAAAGCUAAUUGCCACUCUUCACCUCUACAACAUCUUCAGAGUUUGUUUUCUCAAAAGCAAGAAUCAUCCAGCACAGGAAUGAUGUUAAUAAUUGCAGAUGAGAUGGAUUACUUGAUCACAAGAGACAGAGGAGUCCUGCAUGAUCUUUUUAUGCUCACAACUUUGCCGUUUUCAAGGUGUAUACUUAUAGGUGUAGCAAAUGCAAUAGACCUUGCAGAUCGUUUUCUUCCAAAAUUGAAGUCCCUUAAUUGCAAACCUAUGGUUAUCACUUUCCGUGCUUAUUCUAAAGAUCAGAUCCUUAGGAUACUUCAGGAAAGACUUAUGGUUACUACUCCAUAUGUUGCAUUUCAAUCAAAAGCCUUGGAGCUCUGUGCCAGAAAAGUUGCGGCCGCAUCAGGUGACAUGAGAAAGGCUCUAUGUGUCUGCAGGAGUGCUCUAGAAAUCUUAGAAACAGAAAUAAGAGGAUCAACCUGUCCAGACUCACAAGGUCCAAAUCCAGAUGAUCCAGUGGUGAGGAUGGAUCACAUGGCAGCUGCAAUAUCUAAGACAUUUAAAUCUCCAGUAGUUGAAACUAUGCAGUCUCUUCCUCAACACCAACAAAUCAUAAUGUGUUCUGCUGCAAAGGCUUUCCGAGGGAGCAAAAAGGAUUCAACUGUUGGAGAGCUUAAUAAGUUAUAUCUGGAAAUAUGUAAAUCUUGGUCGAUUUCUCCAGCUGGAAUUACAGAGUUCACGAACAUGUGUACAGUGCUAAACGAUCAGGGGAUUUUAAAAUUCGGUCAAGCUCGAGGGAAUAAGCUAAAGAGAGUUAGCCUGAGAGUAGAUGAAUCAGACAUUACAUUUGCUCUCCAGGGAAUACGAUUUUUCCGCAACUGUCUUCUGUGA